AUGGCGGCGUGGGGACAUCCAGGCAUGGCUGCAGUGCCCGCUGAAAUUACCGAGGAAAAGCUUCAAGAAAAAGGUAAUCUCGUGGUAUUUUGUACUGUACGCAAACUUUCUAACGUUUAUUUACAGCCUAAGGGGAAGCAUUCGCUAUAAUUUAUUGCGGAUAAUGAUCUGUCUGAACAAAGGGCCUGGACUUGGAUUGCAGUGUCAGUCUCUUAACAGUGUUAACGUCGGUACACACUGGGCGACAAGUUGCAGCAACUAGUCGCAUUUCUUAUGUACUGGAGAAUUUUUGUGAAAGUCUUUGCCUCCACAACAGAAUUUUGCAAAAUGUUGCAAAAAAUCAAAUCAGACAGAAUUUGUGCAACUUGUUGCGGCGACAUAAUUCUGUUGCAGUGUCAAAGAUUUUUCACAAAAAUUCUCCAGUACACACAAAACGAUUUGUUGCUGCGAGGUGUCGUUGCAACGUGUUGCCACAACUAGCUGCGCCGCAAUGUGUUGCUGCAAUUUACCGCAUAGUGUGUUCCAACCUUUAUAGUGCAAAAGCAUAGAAUGCACACGGAAAGAGACCUAAGAAAACAGACUUUUUUGCCAUUUUAAUAGUAAAUUUUGGUAAGAUUUCCUUACAUCCCCAUAAAACAAUAAUUUCUUUACUAUUUCACACAAAUAGUGAACGUAUUUCGAUGUGAUUUCACUUUAAGAACUAUUGCUUACAGCUAGAGUGUAGAUUACAAGUCAUAGACUAAGAACGGCUCCUUUAGUUUUCAAAUACUUCAUCCUAUCAGGCAUCAUGAGAUAUGUUUCUGUUAGAAAGUGGCUGGGUUUUCUGAAAUUGGGUCUUAUUUCAGCCUGCAAAGAAAGUAGUAUCGAUAGCCCAGGGCUAGUGGAUUUUGCUAUCGGGCUAGUGAAUUCUGUUCCUAACUUGUCCAACAGGCAAGUGAGGUGUUUUGGGAAUUCAACUUACAGAAGACCUGUCAAAUCAAUUCUGCUCAUCAAAAAAUAUUGUGGGCUAGUUGAAAUGACGUUUGGCUAGUAAAUGCUAGCUUCAAGUUGCCCGAAUGGCAAGCUGUAAAAAUGACUUUCUUUGCACCCUGUAUUUAAUUCCAUCCUGGAUAUUGUUGUGCUGAUGUGCUUACAUGUAUGCUUGUGAUUGACUACAACUUUUUUGUACAGCACGAAAAUGGCAGCAGCUACAGUCAAAGAGAUACAGUGAAAAGAGAAAGUUUGGAUUUGUGGAGGCACAAAAAGAAGACAUGCCACCUGAGCAUGUGAGGAAAAUCAUUCGAGAUCAUGGUGACAUGUCCAGUAGGAAAUACAGACAUGACAAAAGGGUGUACCUUGGGUAAAACAAUGUUAUUGUAUAUUUUAGUCUUUUCAUAACCGGCUGUAUUUAAUAGUCUCUAAAUAGUACUGUUAGAUUUGAAAAAAAAAAAUAGAAAAUGUUUUUGAUUGCAUAGCUACCUUCAAAUAAAUAAAUUAGUAUGUGACAGUAGACGAACAUGCAAAUCAUUUUGAAUUGGCUGUCAGGUUCAUGCAACAUGCAAUGUAGAGUUUGGCAGAGACCAUCAUCAUUCCAGAGUAACAGUUGAUUUAUACAUUAUUUUAUCUUCCCAUGUACGUAACCUGAUCUCUUGAUCCCUCAAUGCUGGAAUGAACUUAAUUUAAACUCAUCUCGUAAUCAAGAUUAAUAUCUACACGUCCAAAAGUUUGGUUCAACCUAAGUAUACCAGUUAUCACUCCAUAGUGGCUCUAGAAGACAAACAAGAUUUAGCACAUGUAUGAGUGGCAACUUGUUGUUAGAAUUACAGUAGGUAGUUGAUCUUUUCCCUAGCAGUUAACAAACAUUUCAAGUGUAUUUAAUCUCUCAUUACAAAAAUUGUUGUAGUCACUAACUCUGAUUUUGUUUUGUUUUUUGUUUUUAAGUGCCUUGAAGUACAUGCCACAUGCUGUGUUAAAGUUACUAGAAAACAUGCCUAUGCCAUGGGAACAGAUCAGGGAUGUCAAAGUUCUUUAUCACAUCACUGGUGCCAUAACAUUUGUGAAUGAGAUCCCAUGGGUUGUUGAACCUAUUUAUUUGGCUCAAUGGGGGUAAGCUUAUUUGUCAUCAUACCAUGCUGUGUAUCUUAAUAGUGAGAAGAUUAUGUGCUUUCACUUGUGAAAAGUUUCUCCUUUCAAUGUCCACCUCGGAAAAUUGUGAAAUUACAAGGCUGUGUAGUAGCAGACCCCGGUGGCCCCUGGGCCUAACUUUUGCUCCUAGGCUACUAGAAAAACUCAGUUUUUUCACAGAAAUCAUAUGAUGGGUACCCUGGAUUUCACAGGUUCAGACCAGUGGGCUCCCUUUAGUUUUUCCCUGAAUUAUGUUAUCGUGACCUAUCCCAUGAAAAAUUCAAGGAUAAGUCGCAGGUAUCAGUUCUAAACAUCUGCAUGUCAUUAACCUGUUUUAGCACCAUGUGGAUCAUGAUGCGACGAGAAAAGAGAGACAGAAGGCAUUUUAAGAGAAUGAGAUUUCCGCCUUUUGAUGAUGAGGAACCUCCUCUGGAUUAUGCAGACAAUAUCCUGGAUGUUGAACCUUUGGAACCUAUCCAAAUUGAGUUGGACCCAGAAGAAGAUUCAAGUGUUUAUGAAUGGUUUUAUGAUCACAAUCCUCUUCUUGAUACAAAGUAAGUGAAGAUGAUAUUUCCUUGCCAGCAGCUGUGCCUUUCCAUUUCCAUUUGAGCUCAAUUUACACAGUGCCGUCAAAGUUGAAAUCCAGACCUUUUUGUGGAAAAUUGACCUCUUUACACUGUGACUACCCAAACCAGGGGACUUGUCCAAUCACAAGGUCCUUUGAAAACACAAUUCUCAAGUUUUUCUGCAAAUGGACAGAUACAAUUCAAGGUUCCACUAUGCAACUGUGGAAAAAUUUAAAACCAUUUGAACUUACCUGACCUUUUAGAAAACAGCCCUCAAAUUUAUGAAUGUUAUUGCUCCUUGAGAAUCUUUUUUUUGCAAAGAACAUUGUGAUUGGAUAAUCUUCUUCCAAGUGCCCCGGUUUAGUCGCACUGUAACACUUAUUUUUUAGUAAGGUUCUUGUCAAAUGGUUUUGAUUGAUUCUUUGAAUAAAAUAAAACCUUGCGAAAAAGGAAAAAGUUCAGUAUCUUCACAGCUAACAUGAAUACUAAGUUUGCCAUUCUCAUUUUUCUUAGAAUGAUCAACGGCUCUUCCUACCGAAGAUGGAACAUAACACUUCCCAUAAUGUCAACGCUCUAUCGACUGGGGAACCAACUUUUGACCGAUCUUGUGGAUGAUAACUACUUUUACUUGUUUGACCUUAAAGCAUUCUUUACUGCAAAGGCGCUGAAUGUUGCCAUUCCUGGAGGACCUAAAUUUGAACCUCUGGUUAGAGAUGUGAACCUCCAUGAUGAAGAUUGGAAUGAAUUUAAUGACAUUAACAAGAUCAUUAUUAGACAGCCAGUGAGAACUGAGUACAGGAUUGCAUUUCCCUACCUGUAUAAUAGCUUGCCCUACAAAGUCCAUCUGCCCUGGUAAGUCAGUCAUCUAUGUACCAUGUAAUUUAACUCUUAUUAUCUUUUUUGUUGGGUUUUCAAUUUUCUCUUACUUUUUGAAGUUGGGGGUUAACUUUUACCAUAUAGUAAUUUACUGCGUUCUAGGCAGGAGUCAAAAUGAACCCUAGUAGUAAUAGAUUGUUUUUACCCACUUAAUAACCAGCUAUGCAAAUUUCUUAAGGAAAAAAUAAAGUUUGUACAUGUAAAAAAAUUUCAGUUCCACAGAAGUUUUUUGGUACAGCAAGAUGGCCACUGUUUCAUUGUUUUGGUACACUAAUCUUGGCCGCCAUGGGAUCACAUGAACAGGAUCUAGGCAGCCGUUUUUUGGCAUGGACUUUUUUAAACCCUAUGUUUGCCACCAAACACGGGAAUAGCAUUGCUACAGGAUGCAAAAUGUUAUUUGGAUUGGUGGCUAGAAAAACAUGGCUCAAAUUACUGCAGCAUGUUUAUAACUUCAGCUGUUAUAAACUGCUUUCUGUGCCUCACAACUUCAAUGCAGAAUAUAAUUUAUGACCAAAAAGGUCCUUUGGGGUAUGCAUGUUUCUGAAACCAAGCAAACUGUCUUCCUUUUUGCACCACUCUGCAAGCUUUUUAUAUCUUUACUGUCAUUUGGUUCAUUUUGCUUUCAGGUAUCACCAUCCAUCUGUGGUGUACAUCAAGACAGAGGAUCCUGAUCUGCCCGCAUUUUACUUUGAUCCUUUGGUGAACCCAAUUGCACAUAGACAUGCUGUCAAGGUAUUUUAUUUACGUCUUUAUUUGUUUUUAGGUGGUUGACAACGCAAGUCUAUCAGAUGUUGUCAUUUGUCAGUAGAGACAUUAUGUCAUUGCCUGUUUAUAUGAUGCAGCAAACAUAAUAACCUUAUUUAAAAAAUGGGAAAGCCUUUGCAAAAUAAUAUUGAUCAUGUUUUCAUCUAGAAAUUCGAAAGUGGAUAUCCAAAAGAUCUCUCCUUGUUUUAUAUUUAUCUUAAAGUUAAGUUCUAAUGUUUCAGACAACCGAACCUAUACCUGAUGAUGAUGAAGAGUUUGAGUUGCCAGAGGAUAUUCAGCCAUUCCUGCAAGAUACUCCACUGUACUCAGACAACACAGCAAAUGGUUUGUUUCAAUUCACCUUUUAUUGCUUACAGUGAUUUUCUAAAAUGGAGUUACCUGUGGGCAGCAUUGUUACUAUUACUAUUAGUUCUGUCUUAACUUUGUAUUAGCUAUGUAGUGAGCGUAAAUAAUCUUUGCAUUCAGGUUGCUCAGACCUUUGGCUGAAUUUGUUCCACAGCAGACACACAUUCUCUUUUCUUCUAGAAUAAUAAGCCAACCUUACUGGAAUUUUAGUAAAAGGAAAAUUAAUCAUUUCUCAUGUGUGACUGAAUAACCCACCAUCACUUGUGGUAUCACAGGGGAUAAUUUAGAGGACUUUCUAUAUUAUAGGCAUUGCUUUGCUGUGGGCUCCAAGACCUUUCUGUCUCAGAUCUGCUAGGACACGUCGAGCCCUUGAUAUACCUUUAGUAAAGACAUGGUAAGUAUUCUUUUCAGCUUAGUAUUGGCUUUAUUUAUGAUGAAUUCUAGCAUGGCAAUUUCUUGGCUUUAAAUUUAUUGCCUUAUUAAAGUGGAAUUUAUAUCAUUACUUUCAUAAAUUGUUAGGCCUUCUGUGAAGGUCCCAUUAUAAAUUUUCGUUGUAUUAUUCAGGUAUCGUGAGCAUUGCCCAUCCGGUCACCCAGUAAAGGUGCGAGUGUCUUAUCAGAAGCUUCUCAAAUGCUAUGUUUUGAAUGCACUGAAACACAGGCCACCCAAAGCUCAAAAGAAAAGGUACUGUUUCAUGGCAGAGGUUGUUGUGAUCAAGUAUUAUUUGUGAUUGCGUAUAUGUACCAUAUUUACUUGAGUAAGCAGUGGGGUGCUUUUUUUUUUGUAUACAACAUGGUACACAAUAUUUUCCUUUGUUAUUCAAAAACGCUAAGAACACCAAAAGAAACAUAACAAAAGGUAGUUUUGAGGUCUGUUUCCGCUUGUUAUGUCAAAAAAUGUCAAAAUAAUGAAAAUGAACAAAUUCUGCAUUGUUGCUUGGAGGAUGCAGUGAAUAUAGUUCUUAGUAAUACUUUCAGUUGUUGUAGGUAAUAUUACUGUGAAAAUCGGAUGAAAGAAAAAAGCUUCUUUGCCUUUUAAAUCUAAUAGACGUUGUGGAAAGUCUUUGGUAGUAAUAAAAUUUGAUUUGAUCUCAGAAUGUGUAAUUUAAAGAUGUUUUUGUCUUUCUCAGAUAUUUGUUCCGAUCUUUCAAAGCCACCAAGUUCUUUCAGACAACAACCCUUGACUGGGUGGAGGUGGGUCUCCAAGUCUGUCGUCAGGGCUACAACAUGCUGAACCUGCUUAUUCACAGAAAAAAUCUUAACUNGGUCACCCAGUAAAGGUGCGAGUGUCUUAUCAGAAGCUUCUCAAAUGCUAUGUUUUGAAUGCACUGAAACACAGGCCACCCAAAGCUCAAAAGAAAAGGUACUGUUUCAUGGCAGAGGUUGUUGUGAUCAAGUAUUAUUUGUGAUUGAGUAUAUGUACCAUAUUUACUUGAGUAAGCAGUGGGGUGCUUUUUUUUGUAUACAACACGGUACACAAUAUUUUUCUUUGUUAUUCAAAAACUCUAAGAACACCAAAAAAAACAUAACAAAAGGUAGUUUUGAGGUCUGUUUUCCCUUGUUAUGUCAAAAAAUGUCAAAAUAAUGAAAAUGAACAAAUUCUGCAUUGUUGCUUGGAGGAUGCAGUGAAUAUAGUUCUUAGUAAUACUUUCAGUUGUUGUAGGUAAUAUUACUGUGAAAAUCAGAUGAAAGAAAAAAGCUUCUUUGCCUUUUAAAUCUAAGAGACCUUGUGGAAAGUCUUUGGUAGUAAUAAAAUUUGAUUUGAUCUCAGAACGUGUAAUUUAAAGAUGUUUUUGUCUUUCUCAGAUAUUUGUUCCGAUCUUUCAAAGCCACCAAGUUCUUUCAGACAACAACCCUUGACUGGGUGGAGGUGGGUCUCCAAGUCUGUCGUCAGGGCUACAACAUGCUGAACCUGCUUAUUCACAGAAAAAAUCUUAACUACCUUCAUCUGGAUUAUAAUUUCAACUUAAAACCAGUAAAAACACUCACCACUAAAGAGAGAAAGAAGUCCAGAUUUGGGAAUGCUUUCCAUUUGUGUCGUGAGAUUCUCCGUCUGACCAAGCUGGUGGUAGAUUCUUAUGUCCAGUACAGACUUGGUAAUGUGGACUGCUUUCAGCUUGCUGAUGGUCUUCAGUAUAUUUUCUCCCAUGUUGGUCAACUGACUGGAAUGUACAGGUACAAGUACAAACUCAUGAGGCAGAUCAGAAUGUGCAAAGACAUCAAGCAUCUCAUCUACUACAGAUUCAACACUGUAAGUACCUCCUCUCGGAAUUUCCUACAAGCAAAGAGGUAGUGGGUAAAGCAGACAAUUCUGUUGCAGUAAUAAUGAUGUCUACUUCGUACUUGUAUUAACUCCAGUCAAUAAUUUUCAGUAUAUAUAACACGGUAUUUUUGGAAAAAUAAAUUUAUGAUGAUGUCUAUUUGUAUCAGAUUUUAUUCAUCUUCAAACUAAAAUGUGUAUAAAUGUACAUCUUCUUUAUAUGUUAGGGACCUGUUGGAAAAGGACCAGGUUGUGGCUUCUGGGCUCCUGGCUGGAGAGUGUGGCUAUUUUUCCUGCGAGGUGUUGUCCCACUAUUGGAGAGAUGGCUUGGAAACCUUCUUGCAAGACAGUUUGAAGGACGACAUUCUAAGGGUGUGGCCAAAACUGUAACAAAGCAGAGAGUUGAGAGCCACUUUGACCUGGAGUUGCGAGCUGCAGUUAUGCAUGACAUUCUGGACAUGAUGCCAGAGGGAAUCAAACAGAACAAAGCUCGUGUCAUUCUACAACAUCUUAGUGAAGCGUGGAGAUGUUGGAAGGCUAACAUUCCUUGGAAGGUUUGAUCUUUCUACCUUUUGGUCACAUUAUUUAACCUAUUAUCAAGCUUCAGCUAACCAUGAUUGUAUGUGUAGUUUUGGUUGAUUGCCAAACUUGGGUCUCAGCACCCAAUAUUACUUAAUUAAUGUCAAGGUGAUGCAGUUGUGGUUCCUGCCAUCAUGGUUGGGAAUGGAAAUUCCAGGGCAGCAGGGUAGGGGAAAUUUCCAAGGGGAUAGAAAGUAUUUUGGGGAAGCACUUUCUAGCAGAGUUUGUUGUGUUUACUCCCUGCUUUUGUCAUUAGCUAUCGAAAAAUAAAGUAGUGCCUGAAAAUACAAGUCGCCACUUGUAUCCUUAAUUUGAACGUAGCAAGUUGUUUGCAUCAUGCAUGGAAGACUUCAAGCAUGGCAUUUAAAAAAUGUGCUUUCUAAUUCUGACUGUUAACUUCAGAUGUAUGGGAAAUUCCCCAGCUUAAUUUUAUCACAAAACUCACUUAAGUGUGCAGACCUGUUUUCCUCCCUUUCUACUAAGUGUGUGCCGGUGUAUUUAUUUUUAGAGAAAAUGAAAACAAUACAAAGCAACAGUGAUUACAGUUGAAAUGACUGCCAUAUAAACUGAUGGUCAUCCUGUAUUUGUAGGUUCCAGGUCUUCCUACUGCUGUUGAGAAUAUGAUUCUGCGCUACGUCAAAGCCAAGGCUGACUGGUGGACAAACACUGCUCAUUACAACAGGGAACGUAUUCGCCGUGGGGCCACUGUGGAUAAAACUGUCUGUAAGAAAAAUCUGGGUCGCCUCACUAGGCUUUAUCUUAAAGCUGAGCAGGAGAGACAACACAAUUACCUAAAGGUGUGAUAUUCAAAUAAGAUAGUCUAUUGUUAAUCAACACACUUUUGAGUUUUUUAGCUACUUUUAUUAGUGUGUGGCAAGAAAGGAAAACCCUGUCGUUUUAACUGUGUAAAUUUAAGGCAGUGAACAAAGUUGCAAGUGAUACAAAUGUAAGUGUGACAUUCAAUGCUUUACGUAUUAAGUUCUGUCCAGGAGUUUUGGUGAUUCUGUGAGUUACAUGUCUUUGUGCCUGUCCAGUCAACAGAAUUAUAACUAUUCAGGUGGUGGUAUCAAAGAUUUUUUUCAAAAAAACACCUUUUAGUUGCUGCUUUUUUCUGUACACUGUGGUUCCAAUUUAACACUGUAAACAUAGCUUGAAACUUCAUAUUUUCUUGUUUGACAGGAUGGUCCAUACAUCUCAGCCGAGGAAGCAGUUGCAAUCUACACCACAACAGUUCACUGGCUGGAGAGCAGAAGAUUCUCGCCGAUCCCCUUCCCACCCUUGUCGUACAAGCAUGACACUAAACUACUCAUUCUUGCCCUUGAGAGACUCAAAGAAGCUUACAGGUUUGGUUUUUGUCUUAUUGGAAAGAAACACUAAAUUACGUAAUGCAGAGAACUUAUUAACACGGUUAAAACUGUCCACAAUAGCCAGCCACCUUUGGGAUAGAAGAAAGAGGCUAUUGUAGAGAGGUUUAAGCAAGAGUCAAAGUAUGGAAUGUCUGCCAAAUGAAGUGACCGUUGUAGAGAGAUGGCCACUAGUGGUGGUUUGACUGGUUAUUUAUCAUAAAUGUGGGAGUGUCAGUUGCAUUUUUGGUUUAAAAGAAUUUGUGUAAAACCUCCCAAGUAACCAGCAAACAGUAGCAAAUUUACAACAAAGUUGCCAGAUGAUUCUAUCUUAUUACAAGAAGAUUUCAAACUGCUGUUUGUUCUUCCUUUUUUGUGGUUUUUGCAGUGUAAAGAGCCGGUUAAACCAAUCUCAAAGAGAGGAGUUGGGGCUGAUUGAACAAGCAUAUGACAACCCUCAUGAGGCACUCAGCAGAAUUAAGCGUCACUUGCUUACACAAAGAGCAUUUAAAGAGGUGCAUUUCUUGAUGGUCAAAUUACAUAAUUUAUAAUAAACGAAUGAAAUGUUUUGUACCUACCUGCUUUUUGGAAGUGACUGCUUUUGUAUGGAAAGGAAGAGGAGCAGAGAAAUAGUUACCGACUGUCAAACAGCCAAUUGAGAUUUUGAUGUUAGUUACGCGUAAACACAAGGAGUGUUUAAGUUGAUUUUACAGAGAAGUGGGUUGAAAAAUGUUGCACAGUUGAGAGGUGUCCAACCAACUUUCAAGUAUCUAGAUGUAAUGUCAAGUAAAACACUUUCUUGAAUGACAAUUUGGUUAGUAGUGUUAAGUUUCUUUUACAUUCUGUUGUUGAAUUACUAGACAUGGGCUGUAUUUUUUAGGUUGGCAUUGAGUUCAUGGACCUGUACAGCCAUCUUGUUCCUGUGUAUGAUGUUGAACCACUGGAGAAGAUCACAGAUGCCUACCUUGACCAGUAUCUUUGGUAUGAAGCAGACAAGAGGCGCCUGUUUCCUCCGUGGGUGAAGCCAGCUGACACGGAACCUCCACCACUGUUGACUUACAAAUGGUGCCAAGGUUAGUUUGUGCGUGAUUCAUUGUGAAGUUUGAACAAGAGGUGUGUAGUUUUUUUCAAAACAGUGAAAUCCCAAUUCCUUGAGAUUGCUUAUCCAGGAUCAUGGAGUGUAUGUGGCUAACACCAUUUUUUUGGUUCUUGAGAAAUCAAAUUAAAAUUUUUGGAAGGAAGCAAAAUUAAGUCGAAAUAUCUUAAGUUUUGAAAAUCAGGGAUAAAAUUGCAGUGUCUGACUGAAGCAAAUCAAAGGCAAACAACUUUUGGCUUGAAAAAUCGGUAGUUUCGAAAAAUCUAGUUUUGAAAAAAUUGGGAUUCCACUGUAAAAGGGUAUUGGUAUCUAUAGUUACCCCGUAACAUUACAUGUCUUAUCCUAAUGAGAUGAAUGAAAACAAAAAGCUAAAUAUGACCUAAAAUAACAUGAAAGAGAAAAACUUAUGAUGACUUCAAAGUGUGAAGAAAAGUUUUUGUUCCAUCUUUAAGAAGUAUGUGGUAAUUUCUCACGCAUGUUAAAGUGAGCACUGUUGUGCAGUUACAUUUGUACACACUAGGGGCAAGUUGUUUAAACCCAGUGUUGGAUGUUACUGCUAAUAUCUGGCAUUCAAAUUGAACUCUAUAAUGGAAGAGUUUGACUGGUCUGAACAUAUCAUAUCAACAUGAAAAUGCAGUCUAACCUCUCCAUAUGGACACCUCUAUAAUACGGACACCUCUCUAUUAUGGACAGUUCAUUUGGUCCCAGAAAUGCCAAAAAUCAUACAUUCCCUAACUCUAUGAUACAGACACCUCUGUAAAGCAGACACUUGGUUUUGUCCCUUUGGUGUCCAUAUUAAAGAGGUUUGACUGUACAUACAAAUGGAUCCAGUGUCCUUACUUCAAACAGAAGAAGAUGAUAACCUUAUUUACUCUUGAUGUACGAGGCUAGUUAAGCUGCUAGUGCCCUGGUCAAAAUGCAUCUCAGUUGAAACAUCUUGCAUUGUGCAGUGCCAUGCAGAAUGCAUGCUCGUAAGAUGCAAAAGUGGCUGAAAAAUUUGGGUAGAUGGUUCCCAAUCUUGGCAGCCAAAAAAAGCAGACUGAAAAUUAUGUGAUGUGUAUUAAAAAGCCUCAUAAUUAAAAGCAAUUACCUUAUUUAAACAUCGGCUUAUUUUCAUAAUUUUAGGAAUCAACAAUUUGCAAGAUGUUUGGGAAACAUCUGAAGGAGAGUGCAAUGUUAUGAUGGAGACCAACUUUGAGAAGAUGUAUGAGAAGAUUGACUUGACCUUACUGAAUCGACUGUUACGUCUGAUUGUGGAUCACAACAUUGCAGAUUACAUGACAGCAAAGAACAACAUUGUGAUCAAUUACAAGGUACAGUCAUUAGUUUGUUCUAUAAUUGUGUAUUUUGUAGCUGGCAGGAAGCAAGGAUUGUUGGUAAUUUUAAAAGCAGCUGUAGCAUUUGGCAGUACUUAAUUUGUUUUAGUGUUCUUUGUUGAACUGUGUUCUGUACCAUCUCUUUCACCAAUAAGUGAUACAGCCCUGAACUAUAUGUUUCAAAACAGGAGGAGGCAGUGUGGCCAAGUGGUCAGUGUGUUAGACCCGCAACUUUGGUGAUUCUGGGUUUGAGUCCUGCUCUGGCCAUUUGCUGGAUUUGUUGUCCUUAGUUAAAAUCCUCUGCCACGCUUGUAAAUAGCCCACUGGUUUCCUCCUACCAGUUUAUCCUGUUAUGUUUUAUUGAAUUAUUUGUUUCUUAUUAUUUACGUGAAGUGGGGGAUAAACUGCUACCCAGAGAAUUAGUACUUCAAGACAACCAGUUGCAUUUUUCACUGCAGGAUAGAGAUUUUAUCUAGUAGAUAGUAUUAUUUUCCAGUAUUAAUCUCCUACUUUACUUAACCUGCAUUAUAAGAUAGCACUUUGAGAAUACUAAAGGUGACAUAAAAAAUUCCUUCAAGUGCCAAAAAUAACAUCACAUGUUCACUUGUGUUAUGUCAACAGGAUAUGAACCACACAAACUCCUAUGGCAUCAUCCGUGGUCUUCAGUUUGCCUCAUUCAUUGUACAGUACUAUGGAUUAGUGCUGGAUCUUCUGGUGUUGGGCUUACAAAGAGCCAGUGAGAUGGCAGGACCCCCACAGAUGCCAAAUGACUUCUUAACCUUCCAGGAUGUGCAGACAGAAACCCAACAUCCCAUCAGAUUGUACUCAAGAUACAUUGACAAAAUGCACGUCUUCUUCAGGUAGCUUUUUUUUCCCUGUUAUUUUCUUUCACAAUAAUAGAACAUGAACAUCAUCAGGGGUUAAUUUUUAUAAAACUUUUUCGAUGCUACAGCACUAAGCCAAGCAAUAUAGUUUCCAGGUUUCUCACAAUUAUGAUGCUGAGUUAUUUGCUCUGAUUGAUCAAACGUGUAUCCUUUUGGGUCUGCUUUUUGCCCUUAUUGUGUAUCGAAAACUGCCAUUGAAUUAAAAAGGGUUGGCUUUUAAAAUACUAUGCCUGUGUUAAGCCAAACUGGCCCUUUUUUCAUUUAUCUGGGGGCAAUCUUUGAUUGCAACAUAGGACUCCCACAAUGGCACAGUAUGGCCGAAACACUGGAUAUUACCAGGGUUAUCAAUUGAAGGCGAGAACCUGGUGCCGGCAGCAGUGUACUCUGAGCAAAGCACCUGCCUUCAAGGAAAAUGAGAAAGCUGAUUCUCAAAAUAACUUUCCAACAUUCCCUACCUACUCAGCCUUGAAAACCCUGUAUCGCUGAGUGUAACUCUGUUUUGGAGAUUCACCGAUAGACUGACUCAAAAGAUAAAACCAUCCAAAUUCAUUUAAAAAUUUUGUCUUGCGAUCAAAAUAUUCCAACACUCUUUUCUAGGGUAACUGGCAGCAUAGUCCUUUUUCCUGCAGUGCAUACAUGUAAUGUUAAAUGUGGUAAAAUUCUGAACAGCUGAGACUGGAAGACUAAAAGGAGAGAAGAAGAUUUAUUUUCUACAUGGUUUUUUGUACAGCCUAAGAAUUAUUUUAUAUUAGUAAUUUUUUUUUGUGGGAUGAAACACUGUAUAAUAUUGUGUGAUUUUCAAGGACUCUUUUGGUGUCUUUAGAUUUUCAGCAGAUGAAGCUCGUGAUCUGAUUCAGCGAUACCUUACAGAACACCCUGAUCCUAACAAUGAGAACAUUGUGGGCUACAAUAACAGAAAAUGCUGGCCCAGAGAUGCCCGCAUGAGACUCAUGAAGCAUGAUGUUAAUCUUGGGCGUGCUGUGUUCUGGGACAUCAAGAACCGUCUGCCAAGGUCUGUCACCACACUCACUUGGGAUGAAAGUUUUGUGUCUGUCUUGUCGUUUCUAUUAGGUUUAGAAGAAAAGUUGUACACACCUAAACUUACAGCAUAAAACGGGUUCACAGCAUGUUGCAAACUCCUCAAAUGUGUGUCCCUACCUCAGACCUUAAACGUUUUACUCCAUACGGUUAACAAAAAAAAAAGUCAGUUUCAAGUUACUUUAAGCUUCUUUAUCAAAGCAACUCUAAUUGCAAACCCAUUUGUAAGAGAAUGGGUUUACUUGAUUUGAAGGGGAACUUAACACUUUUCUCCUGAAAGGGUCAGAUGUCAAAGUUAAAAAAUCAAACAUUUGAUUUGACAGGAUCUGAAAAUUGGGUAGUUUUGUGUAAAGUUCUUUUAAAGAUGUUUUAUUCAAGUUGUCACUUAAUAGAAUUUAGUCAAUUAACUACAGAAGGUAAGAACUAGAUUGGAUUUCUUCAAAAUUCACUUUAAGGGUCAGUGGUCAUAGUCUCCAGAAUUUUUUUUACCUUCAAAGUUUUGCUCUUGCUCUUUGUGGCUUUGACAACUUACUCUUGCCCCAAGAUGAUAAGGAAAUCUCUGUUGCAUAAUGCUAAUGUGCUAAUCAGCUUGGUUCUCAUAGAUGCUGCACUUCAGGGUUCUGUACAAUAAAUUUACAGUCAAAUCCCUAGUAAAAUAUCAUUAGCUGAUUACCUGUGACUGAGCUUUUCCUUUUUAUUAUUUUGCAGGUGACCAAAGAGCGAACUGCCCAGUGCUUCCUAAAAGUUGAUGAGGAGUCACAGCAGAGAUUCCACAACAGAGUUCGUCAGAUUCUCAUGGCUUCAGGUUCAACUACUUUUACGAAGAUUGUGAACAAAUGGAACACUGCUCUGAUUGGUUUGAUGACGUACUACAGGGAAUCAGUUGUCAACACUCAGGAACUCCUGGACUUGUUGGUCAAAUGUGAAAACAAGGUGAGUGUUUAUAAAUUAAAAAGUCAUUCUUUGUUUUCUUCUGUGCAAUCCUGGAUUCUUGUCCUUUGUAUUUUUGUGGUAAAAUAAAUUGAAUUGAAUUUGAAUACAAUAGCUUUGUUUCACACUCGUCACUUCUGUUGAAAGCAAUUUUUUGCCUACUGCUGGUCUAUCAGACAAUGAUUGCUGUACAGUCAGUUGACACCAUCACCUGAUGAAAGCUAGUAGUAAGCAGCUGAAAAGUUACUAUCAUUGUCAAAGUGACUAUCAAAGAGGCAGACAGAAAAGCAAAGCUAUCAACUGGCGGAGAAUGUUUUCGUUUGUAGAAAGUAAAGGAAAAUGUGAUUUCCAGAUGACUGAUCAUCUAUUGCUACAUUUCCUGGCCCUGUACUCGCUUGGCCUUGAUCUUCUCACUUUUGGGGAUUUCUGUAAUAACUUUUAACGUGUUUAUUUUUCUUUCAGAUUCAAACACGUAUCAAGAUUGGUCUGAACUCCAAGAUGCCUAGCCGUUUCCCUCCGGUUGUGUUUUACACACCAAAAGAGCUUGGUGGUCUUGGUAUGCUGUCCAUGGGACACGUGCUUAUUCCGCAGUCAGAUCUCAGGUUACUUGAAGUUUCCAUUUGUUGCUGUUGUUUUUCUCUUUCUCGAAUUUGAAUCAAGGCUAUCAAGUUUUGAUGAAAGAGGCUUGUUUUAAGAUAAGAGUAUAGCCUAGCCCUACUGCUAUAUUGCAGAAAUGAGUGCAUCACUUUUUUUUCUUGAUUGCUCAGGAAUUUAAGAGGCAAUACCCUCCUCGAAGAUUAGCCUGUUCCAGGCUCUCAGAUUGUAGGGAUGACGCGUAAGUGAAAGGCACCCAAACAUAUGAGCACAUUAUCUCGAAAAAGGGGUGGGGGCGGGAAAAAGGAAGGGAGAGAGGCACCCUUUCUCUCCCCAGUUUCCUCCUGUUUCAUUUUCACAUGCGCUCUUUCUCAAUUUUGCAGACCCAACUAUUUUGGAGCCUGGAACAGGCUACUCGAGGAUUAAAGUGCUAAUACUAUGUUUCUCUAAUUUUCGCCUCCAGGUGGUCUCAACAAACUGAUGCAGGGAUUACUCACUUCCGAUCCGGAAUGAGCCAUGACAAAGAUCAGUUGAUCCCUAACUUGUACAGGUAACAUUCCUGCUUCUUCUUCAAGGAAAUCAUUUCAGCAACAAGUGUAAAGUGGAGGGAUUGUUAAGUUGAAAUUUUAUAAACGCAAAAAUUUCUUCAUGCAUUUGUUCCAAGAGGUAUUUUGAUAGGAUACUGGUAUGGUCUUCUUGCUUGUUGCUAGCCUCUUGCUUAGGCUUUAUCACUGAUAAUCAUACCCUGAUUCUCAGGCAGUUCAACAUCGCUCUCUUAAACUCUCUCCUCUUCCAUGAGAUUGAGCAACCAAACUCAGACGAUAAAAUCAGAGGCAAAUUAUUUUUAUUAACUUACCGGUAGUCAUAACUUGAAUGGUAAGGUAACUUUCAUUGAGUUUAUAAUCCUGUUCUCUUGGUGAUACCAGGUACAUCCAACCAUGGGAGAGUGAGUUCAUUGACUCUCAAAGAGUCUGGGCUGAGUAUGCCUUGAAACGACAAGAAGCUAAUGCUCAGAACAGGUGAGUGCUCACACCUUUCACACUACUGCGUUCUGAUAAGAAUACCCAUGUAUUCAUGGCUAGGUGUACAGUGCUCCAAGCUGAAACUGUUUUGGUCACCAUAUAGGCUCGAUUACCAGUGAAUGAGCGUGCACUCCUCCCCUGAACAGAGAGAAGCGGAAAUUGAGCCCAGUCGCCAGGGUGGGUGGAAAAAGUAUUGGACAACUAAAGUCAGGGCAAGCUGUCAAUUUGGUGUCUUGUGUUCAGUAGUAAUGUAGCAAUGCAGUGUUUUUCAUUACUUUGUGUUGAUGGUCUUUUUCAAGUUAAAGUAAGAUAAAUAAUUGUACGAAAUAAAUAUAUUUUUGCUCCAUUUUCAUAACAAUUCACCUCUUUGACGGUAAAAAUGUCAGCUUUUGAAUCGUUUCAUUGUGGUAAAUUGACUUAUAUAAAACUUGGCUUUUUUUUCACUCCCCACCUACACAACGCAACAAUACAGUUUCUUUUGAAAUUGACCCCUUCAACAAUUAGCACCCGCACAUACAGAUAACAUUUAAAUAUUUUUCAAGGCUAAUAUUCAACCACUGGUAGCGGUCUUAUCUUAAUUGUUAACCAUAACCUUCUUGGUAUCUUCUGUAUAUGGUAAUUGUACAAAGAAAAUGUUUGCUUUACAUUAUCUGUUCUAAGGUAGGGGUCUGCAAAUUGGGACCUCCUAAAUCUCCUGAGCACCCUAGCACCUUAUGGAGCUUAAUUGUGUGACAAGGUCUUCCUGUCUGUGUGUGAACGAAUACUGUUCCCUACCUGAGUUAGAACCGAUUUCAAACAGUACCAGGUAAACCUUUUGACAGUCAUGUUCAGUUUAUUAGAUUAUGUUUUAACUUUAAACCAAAAAUUUGUUCCUUCAGUACUGAGUGCCUAGUUUGACAGGACAAUAAAUUUUGAGGUAGAGUGAGCUAUCACAGAGUCGUUUAUCCUUUAUUGAAAAGGGCAGUAUCAUCAAGAUUGAGUAGUUUCUGAAAAACCUUGCAAAAGUUUGUGUCAGAAAUAACUAAGAAUGUACAAAGUACCACCUGGGGUUGCUUGAUCUUGCUAUAAUAGUGGCGUACGUAAAUACUGUUAAAGAGUGUCUGAUUAACGUCUAGAAGCAAGUGGACUGAAACUAAUAAACGUCAGAAUGAUGAAGUUUUCGUGUUUCUCUUUCUCGUUUGAUCACACUUUGAAAUUAAUGUCUUUCUUGUGUUGUUUGGGGUUCAUUAUAUCUCUCACAAUUAUAUCACACCAGUUGAGAUAAAAUCCUGGGAAUGACCUUCAAAUUAGUGCGCAAAUUUCACGAGCUUGAACGUAAAACUGCCGAGAAAAUAACAAAAAAUGUUACUCAUGGAUCUUGUUGUUCCAAAGGUUCUCAAACAGAAUCCGUUCUGGUGGACUCAUCAGCGACAUGAUGGCAAAUUGUGGAAUCUGAAUAACUACCGCACAGACAUGAUCCAGGCGCUGGGUGGCGUGGAAGGUAUCUUGGAACAUACACUUUUCAAAGGAACGUACUUCCCAACCUGGGAGGGUCUGUUCUGGGAGAAAGCUAGUGGAUUUGAGGAGUCCAUGAAGUACAAAAAACUGACCAACGCACAGCGCUCUGGAUUGAAUCAGAUUCCCAACAGACGAUUCACACUCUGGUGGUCACCCACUAUAAACAGGGCCAAUGUAAGUGACUCACAGUAUAGCUUAUAGAAGGGUCCAUAUAUAACGUAACUGCUUAAAAUUCAAGAUGGCGUCUCGCGACAUAUUUUUUUCGUGGAACGUGUGCCGAUUUUAUGAAACCAACAACGUUUGAUCACCACUGCCAAAGAAUUUAUUUUUAAAAAACUCACAAGGGUUUUAAGUAAGGUGUAGUAAACAAUUUUAGUUGCUAAUGUGAAGGCUAAUUUUUUGAAAACUUUGUCGCCUUGCCGCCCAUACGAGACGCAAUUUUAUGUUCUGCGUUGUGUCUUGUUUCUUUGUUUUAGCGUUUUGUUAAUAAUUUAGAUAUAAUAAUCCUGUUCAGGGAAAAAUAACCAAAUCAACCAACCGGCGCCUGCCACCCUGCGGCGCAAGGUAAGAUUUCAACGAUGUCGUGCUUGUGAAGGCAACGUUUUGUUCAGAUGUUGUCUUAGUAACCUAGCCAUCAGGCCUUCCUUGGAGGGCUGGGGAAGAAAGGACAUUAGAAAGGUUGGAUCAUUAUAUUGUACAUUUUUGUGAAACUACCCACCUACCCUUAGGAGGGGUAGGUGGCUAGUUUCCCCGAAACGUGUAAUGAUCCUUAAUGUCUUAGGGGCAUUUUGACCGCUACUCUCGCUCCAACCUUAUCUUUGUUUGAUUUCUUGCAGGUUUACGUUGGAUUCCAGGUUCAGCUUGACCUCACCGGAAUCUUCAUGCACGGCAAGAUUCCAACACUGAAGAUCUCACUCAUUCAGAUUUUCAGAGCUCACUUGUGGCAAAAAGUACACGAGAGUGUUGUCAUGGACUUGUGUCAGGUAAAGUUCAAUCCUAGACUCAUCUAUAGAGCGUUUCCACUCACCUUGCCAACAGCUGUGCAAAUUUCUUGGAACAUAAGUUAGUUUUAACAGACGAGAAAGGUUCAACUUCCACACGGUACUGGUUUAGGACACCAACAUAGCCUCCGUUUCAUUUUGGGGGACACCAACAUGGCGGACUUGACGUCAGAUGAAAAAGCUCUAUAAGGACACUAAGGGCGCGUUGGAUUGACGCUAUUACAGAAUAAGAAUAAAUCAUGGAACAAACUUAGGAAAUAAUCUGUUUAGGCAAUUCAUGACAUCGUAAUAUCUGCAAAUCUAAAUGAAGUACAGUAUUACGAUGUAUGUAGCACCCCGGUGGUCCAAAAAAAUCUGGUAAAAGAGAUUUCUAACAAAAUUUCUGUGUAUUCUUAUUUCGGAAUAAAAUCAAUCGAACGCUACCUUAAACGCUCGAGUAUCUGUUAAUUAACAAGUACACAAUACUAUAGCACUGAGCGUGUCACGCGUUGUGUCGUCAAUGUUUGUAAAAUGUACGUUAAGGUAUGAUCACGCAUUUCAGGAAAACGUAAAUAGAGACAGUUACCCGUGUAGGAACUUAUCAACUUUGAUGACGUUUUAUGUAAAACGUUUUCUUUGCGAUGAUCGUGACCGUUUGGCCUACACUUAUGAAAAGAAUUUACAGUGCAACGAACUCAAGCGGGGCCUUCACUACUCAACCAAUCACGGGUCACAAUAACAGCAAGAUUGGUACAGUUUCAAAGUGUCGUUGCAGGGUCCGGUUGAGUUUGUUACAUUGUAAGGUAUGAGUUUUAAAAUGAAAGUUAACUUGUACGUCUGGACUGAGUAUGUGUCGGUAAUCAAGUAUUAGAAUUUGUACAAAACGCAAGUGAAGUUACCGGUAUUCCUUAAUUUUACGAGUAUACCAUUUGAUUACCUAUUAAUGUCAUGUUGUCAUGGGUAACAAAUUUUGCUCACAGUCGUACGUUUUUUGACAUGUUUAUCGUCUCGAUAGAGAACUCCACGCACUGAAAAGUUUAGAGCAUAGUUUUUGGCUUAUGUUCACAAGUUUCUGAAUUUUUCGACAAAACACUUGUUAGAAUGCUCUUUGAUGUAGUCUUUCGCGUGUUUAGGUUUUCUUCAUUGAUAACAUGUUAAAACUUCGACGCUAUCUUGAAUAUAAAUCAUAAAUUAACUCUGAAAUUUGGCGCCAAAAUUAAGGAGUAAUUUACCCAUGAUGUUAGCCUUUUGGCGUAGGAUCUCUUCUGAUCUCUCUCUUUGAAAAUUUAUUUUUCAACCACGGAUUUGAUUUAAUUAACUGUAAUGUAACUGUUGGUUGUCAUAAUUAUUGUAGGUUUUUGAUCAAGAACUGGAUGCUCUUGAGAUUGAGACAGUGCAGAAAGAAACUAUUCAUCCUCGUAAAUCGUACAAGAUGAACAGCUCAUGCGCUGAUAUCCUCUUGUUUGCUGCAUACAAGUGGAACGUCUCCAAACCUUCUAUUCUGGCUGAUUCCAAGUACGUCUCUCCUUUCUUCGUGCUCAAAUUCUCUUAACGUGCAUGAACAGUUGAUAACAGCCUUGUAGGAAAACAUUGGCAGUUAAAACAAAUCAUUUCGAUUAUAUUUGCUUCCAUUCUUUCUCGGCUGUCUUCACUUUGGUUUGUAACAAAUGAGCCUUUCAAAUUUAAGCGAUACAAGAUGCCUUUUGCUAAUACAUAUUUUUAGGCAUUUCUUACAACUCCACCAUGGAUCACUGGGCCCCUUUUAGUCGUGUUUGAUAAUAGUUAUUGUUGAUGAGUCGGCAUAGUCUGUCCGUCGAGCGCGCGUCCGAAAAAAAAAAUUUGCGAGGGAUUUUGUGUUCACCAGUGCAUGGGUUGUGGGAGUUGUGUAAGUGGCUCACGUCUCGUGCGCUCGUUGAAUUUCUUUGGAAAAAUCUAUAGGACGAAAAAGUGUCUGGAAGACUGCCUGGAGGCAAGUGUUCGUCCAUUUUUAUGAUGCGUUUGCUUGAAUAUGUAUUGAUAUUACAAGGAUAAAUUUAAUGCCGCUUAGUAUGUUAAAGAAAUCUUCACUUCAUUCGUAGUGACAUCAUGGAUAGCACCACAACUCAGAAAUACUGGGUCGAUGUACAACUUCGCUGGGGUGACUACGACUCUCAUGACAUCGAGAGAUACGCACGCGCCAAAUACCUUGACUACACUACUGAUAACAUGAGCAUUUACCCCUCCCCCACUGGGGUCCUCGUUGGAAUUGAUCUGGCCUACAAUCUUCACAGGUUAGAGAAGAAUGCGCCUGCCGUCUUUUCAUAAGCAGUGCCAGUUAUUCGAAAUGCCAAGAGUUAGGUCCUUGUUGGUAACAUGGCUUCAGGAACAUUGGUGUUCCCAUUUGGGUAGAAAUUUUCACAGCAAUAUGCGCCGCUCAAUUUGAAACUCCUUGUCGAAUAAGCCAUUCGUUUAAAAAGCUGACUCUUUACCUUAAAACUCCUCCAUCUCACUACUAGAAAGAUGGCAUUGUCAGACCUAAACUUGACACUUGCGGUGCGAAUUCCCCACCCCACCCCUGCAGUGGUCAAAUUCCCUUCUCCCCUGGCGCAGGUGAUGGUCAAAUGCCCGGGGUUUGCCCAGGGGAGGUUGUGGAAGUUUCAUUUUGAUCGGUGCUUUAGAUUGCAAGAUAAUUCAUAUGGAAGUGCACAUUGGAUAGUUAGGUAUUGUAGACACUAAAAGUGAAUGGUAUUCAAUAAUUUGAUGGUAGUAGCAGUUAACAUAUCCAUUUCAUAAUAGGGAUGAGCUUCCUUUCUUGCAGCGCGUUCGGUAACUGGUUCCCUGGUGUGAAACCCCUGAUCCAGCAAGCCAUGGCUAAAAUCAUGAAGGCUAACCCGGCCCUGUACGUGUUGAGAGAACGAGUCAGGAAAGGUCUGCAGCUGUACUCCAGUGAACCCACUGAGCCUUACUUAUCCUCACAGAAUUACGGAGAACUCUUCUCAAACCAGAUUAUCUGGUUUGUGGAUGACACCAACGUCUACAGAGUCACAAUUCACAAAGUGAGAGCUUACUUUUGUCACCUUUGCUAUUAUCUUUUCCAACGUUCUUCACAUCUGUAAAGCGUGUAUAGGUAUUGCGGUUUCAUAAAAUGAGUCAUCGCACGGAAACCCUUUUUAAGCUGAAAAACAGACUGAAUUCUUUACAGUGUUCAAGCGAGCUCUCGCUUGUACUUCCGUUGUAAUUUAGAAGCCGCUAACAUACUUCUUGUACGGAGAAAACAGUUUUAAACCGUUAGAACUAAAGUGUUUUUUUACUUGGGUGUGAAUGGAAAAAAAUUCUUCUGAGAAAAAUUCUUCUUAAUGGUAAAUAGCGUGCAUUUUGAAUCAUCCUCUGAAAGUCGACGUAAAAGACAUUUUUAAUUCUACACUUAUCGUUUAACACGUGCCUCUGCGUUUUCAUUUCAGACGUUCGAAGGCAACUUGACCACGAAACCAAUCAACGGUGCCAUCUUUAUCUUCAAUCCUCGCACGGGACAGCUUUUCCUCAAAAUCAUCCACACUUCAGUAUGGGCUGGACAGAAACGUUUGGGACAGGUAGGUCUUGUAUCUUAUGGUGAUUAUCCUGCGUGACAGGCGUCGAUAGGGGAGGGGAGGGGAGGGGAAUGAAGGUAAAAAAACCGGAGGGGAUGGGGUAGAGAAGGAAAGAACUGCCCCUCCCUUCUCCCUUUCGCGCUUUUCUCCCCUUCCCCUCCCCUUUUUUUGCAGCUGCUACGCAGGCUAUAUGGCGAUGUGUUAGCUGUUCAAGCCAUGAAAAAAUGUGACAUGGUCGUGCGGGAUUUUUGGAUUCGGUCACUUUCACGAACAGAGUUUCUGACUUAACAUGUCCGAUUCAGACCUUUUUUUAAGUUCCACUGGCAAAGUUUCUUGCAUUGUAAGCCAUAUAUUCUUACGCAAACACGUGGAUCCAGGGGAAAGAAAGCUGACUGUCCUCCGGGUCAGACGUCAAGUGUAUAUUGUAUUGGUCGGCAGUAUCUCACCUUAACUAUCUGAACUAACAAAGGGCUGAAAUUCUUUAUUGGUGUGUUGUUUUAGUUGGCCAAGUGGAAGACAGCUGAAGAAGUAGCAGCUUUGAUUCGUUCACUGCCGGUUGAAGAACAACCCAAACAGAUCAUUGUGACCAGGAAAGGGAUGCUUGAUCCUCUCGAGGUGUUGUAUAGUUACACUUUAGGGUUACGUCAAGGCAUCGUCACAUUUUCCGUCUUUGUUGGCUUCUGGACUCUGUUAGAUAGACUUAUGUCACCCGUGUCGCUUUUUGUAAUUGUGGUGUAGUUUUGUUUUGAGGGAAAACUGAUACAAGUGUCUUAAUGUUUCAGGUCCAUCUGCUGGAUUUCCCUAACAUCGUUAUUAAGGGCAGUGAACUGCAGCUUCCUUUUCAGGCCUGCUUAAAGGUUUGUGUUUAAAGCAUAGAUUUGUUAUAAAUGAAGGAAGAUGGAAGGAAAAGUUGGCCCAACGUUUUUAAGUUUCAAUCCAUGUUUAUCCUUGGCAUCCGUUGGAACAGAUGACAGGAUACAGAUUCCAAUGCCUUGGUCUUAAAUAACAAAACUGGACCAUUCAGUUGAUGCGAAGACAAGUUUUAGCUUUUCCCCUGUAAGCCCCGAGAGUGACCAACAUCAAUUUUCGCCUCAAACUAUCAAAACACAAUGCGAAGAAAAAAUUGUGAGAAUUACUAAAAUUAUCACCUUAAGUAAAUUGCUUCGAUCUUUUAACAAAUUCUCUCAACUGGUUUUUCAAGGAAACAUACAGAGAUCAGUAUGGAGAAUUUCUAAGUGGAUACUGAGGCUUAAAGGGUUAAUAAUUUCUGUUCUCUUGUACCUUGUAGGUAGAAAAGCUUGGAGACAUGAUUCUGAAAGCAACCGAGCCACAAAUGGUAUUGUUCAAUCUGUAUGAUGAUUGGUUAAAGACCAUCUCUUCAUACACGGCGUUUUCUCGUCUGAUCCUCAUCCUUCGUGCCUUGCACGUGAAUGCUGACCGAACAAAGGUGCUCCUUAAACCAGACAAGACCACUAUCACUGAGCCACAUCAUAUCUGGCCAACCCUGACUGAUGAGGAAUGGGUACCAGUUGAGGUAUGUUACGUGUGAACGCUUGUCUGUAAUCUAGGGUGGCAAUGCGUACCUGCAACUGUUAGUGUAGUUUGUUUUGCCUCUUAAUUAUGUGCUAAAACUCGGUUAGAAUGAUUUGAGAAACGUGUCAAUUAUCGCCUUUUUUUUUCUCGUGCAUUACUGUAGUUGACUAGUUCACUGCCUUUCUCUGUUUCCAUUUUUAAUCCUUUGUUCGAUAAUGGUUUCUUCGCCUUUUGAAUCGUUCUUUCUUUUCUUUCCUGUUGUAUAGGUUGCACUGAAGGAUCUCAUCUUGGCCGAUUAUGGCAAAAAGAACAAGUGAGUUGACUGCUUUUAACUUGAAUCUUCACACAAUUACAUUCAAAUUGCCUUUUGCCUUGAAUACUUACCGUACUCUCCUUCGGUCUAACAGUACCAUUUAUGUUUCUUCUCUAGCGUGAAUGUAGCUUCCUUGACCCAGUCUGAGAUCCGAGACAUCAUUCUGGGUAUGGAGAUCUCAGCACCCUCGCAACAGAGGCAACAAAUCGCUGAGAUCGAGAAGCAGACCAAAGAACAGUCGCAGCUAACAGCUACCACCACCCGAACCACCAACAUCNUCUCGUCUGAUCCUCAUCCUUCGUGCCUUGCACGUGAAUGCUGACCGAACAAAGGUGCUCCUUAAACCAGACAAGACCACUAUCACUGAGCCACAUCAUAUCUGGCCAACCCUGACUGAUGAGGAAUGGGUACCAGUUGAGGUAUGUUACGUGUGAACGCUUGUCUGUAAUCUAGGGUGGCAAUGCGUACAUGCAACUGUUAGUGUAGUUUGUUUUGCCAAUUAUGUGCUAAAACUCGGAUGGAAUGAUUUGAGAAACGUGUCAAUUAUCGCCUUUUUUUUUUCUCGUACAUUACUGUAGUUGACUAGUUCACUGCCUUUCUCUGUUUCCAUUUUUAAUCCUUUGUUCGAUAAUGGUUUCUUCGCCUUUUGAAUCGUCCUUUCUUUUCUUUCCUGUUGUAUAGGUUGCACUGAAGGAUCUCAUCCUGGCCGAUUAUGGCAAAAAGAACAAGUGAGUUGACUGCUUUUAACUUGAAUCUUCACACAAUUACAUUCAAAUUGCCUUUUGCCUUGAAUACUUACCGUACUCUCCUUCGGUCUAACAGUACCAUUUAUGUUUCUUCUCUAGCGUGAAUGUAGCUUCCUUGACCCAGUCUGAGAUCCGAGACAUCAUUCUGGGUAUGGAGAUCUCAGCACCCUCGCAACAGAGGCAACAAAUCGCUGAGAUCGAGAAGCAGACCAAAGAACAGUCGCAGCUAACAGCUACCACCACCCGAACCACCAACAUCCACGGUGAUGAGAUCAUCGUCUCCACAACGUCCAACUACGAGACCCAGACAUUCUCCUCUAAGACUGAGUGGCGUGUAAGAGCAAUAUCAGCUACUAACCUGCACUUGAGGACGAAUCAUAUUUAUGUUUCUUCUGAUGACAUCAAGGAGACUGGUUUCACGUAUAUUUUGCCCAAGAAUAUCCUCAAGAAGUUUAUCGUUAUUUCGGAUUUAAGGACACAGGUAAGUGAUUUCUUUGCUAGCGAAGGUGACAAAAGCCAAACAAUAAUCGCUCAAGCCUUUCUUACUGGAGAAGUUGCGGUGUAA